AUGACGACUCCGUUCCCUCUCUUCCAUCUUCCAAGACUUGCAUUGAUUCCAGUUUUCCAAUUCAUGGAGUCAAUAGAUGUAAUCGCAUUUUCGCUACUUUCCAAAAAAGCCCGAAAUGUAUCGAAAAUCGUUUGCAAGUUUUCUUCCCGUAACGUUCAGUUGACAGUAAAGAGCGAUCAUCUUUACAUCUGUGUUGCGUUUGAAAUGUGGAGACAAAUGGGACUCAAAUAUUAUUUCAACACAGAGAACAUACCGAUUUUGGUCAAUGCGAUGUCUCAAAAAAGAACUUUUACUCACAAAAAUAGCGGAUUGACAGCAUCACAAUGGCUGGAGCGGGUAUUAGAUGUGACGAAUUGUGAAUCGAUUGGUCAACUGGAUCUCAAGGGAUCUCCACAAGUUGAGGUGUGCGACACCUUUGGUAAACUACAAAAUAUCCGGAAAAUAUACAUCUUUAACGAGUGUUUCGAUAACUUUGCAAAGAAAGCGCUGGAAAUCAUCUCGCCAGUUACCAGGGAAAUUUCAUUGUUCAAAAUUCCGUUUGACAGCAGAGAAGAAUUCCAGACUUUCCUCAGGAGCAAUUUGAACUAUUUGAAUAUCCCUACCAACACUUUCCCAAAUUUUAAGUUUACUCUUGAUGACCUUAUGGUCACGAAUGCGCUGAAAUUAGACCUUAAUAACGGAAAAUUAAAUGUCAAAGAAAUCAAUCAAUUUUUCAAAAAUUGGAUGGAAAAUAAAUGUGAUCCAAGACAGGAGCACUUGGAACUGUCUACAUCCGAAGAUGUUGAUGAAAAUAAUCUUCUGGAAGGACUGAAGGCUGUUCCUUUUCCAAGAGACCGAGAGAGAUGGUUCAAUUACUCAAAACAACUGGACUGUUCAUCAGAAUUAAUUUCUGGAGGAUAUGAUAUAUGGAGAACGGAUCGAAAGAAGGCCACAAUCACAUUUGGAGACGUUUGGGGGAUCAGUUUCUACGCUUGGUCAUGA